AUGAAAGAAAUUAUGAAGCACAUAGAGGAACGAUUUGAUGCGCUUUUUACUUCAAAUAAUAAAAGGAAUUGCGACUCAGUCGUAAACAAUAUUCCAGUAAGGGUCACGGAAGACAUGGACAAGGAGCUGAGCGCAGAGGUCACAGAAGAAGAAAUCAGAAAAGCAGUAUUUAGCAUGGGUAGCCUCAAGGCUCCUGGACCAGAUGGCCUGAAUGGACUGUUCUAUCAAAAGCACUGGGAGAUAAUCAAGAAAGAGGUAUGUGCAGUAGUCAGAGAAUUCUUUCGAAAUGGGUUCUUGCCAGAAGAGAUUAGCGAAACCAUAGUAGUUUUAAUUCCAAAGGUAAAAGAUCCGGAAGAACUUAAUCAGUUAAGACCAAUUAGUUGUUGCAAUUUUAUUUACAAAAUAAUAACCAGGGUCAUAAUGUUGAGACUAAAAGGGCUCCUCGAGGAUAUAGUGUCCCCAACCCAAAGUGCAUUUGUGGGAGGAAGGCUCAUACAAGAUAAUGUAGUAAUCGUCCAAGAAGUCUACCAUAGCCUAAAUAGGAAAGGAAGAGAUGGAUCAGAAAAUGUAGCAAUCAAAUUAGACAUGAACAAGGCAUAUGACAGGCUUGAAUGGGAUUUUCUUGAGAAAGUGCUCAAGAAAUUUGGGUUCGCUGAAAAGUGGGUUGACUUGGUGAUGAAAUGUGUAAGAAGCGCAAGUUAUAGGGUAAGAGUCAACGGUGAGUUAUCGAAGAAGAUAAAGCCUCAGAGGGGUCUUAGACAAGGGGAUCCAUUAUCCCCAUACCUGCUCAUUUUAGCAGCGGAGGUAUUCACGAUUCUUAUGCAGCAGGCUAAAGAGAAAGGCAACAUAACGGGUCUAAAGAUAGCCCCAACAGCUCCGGCUAUUACUCACUUGUUGUUCACGGACGACUGCAUUAUUUUUGCGAAGGCAAAGGAGGAAGAGAUAUUUCAGAUCAUAACCGUACUGAACGAAUACACAGAGGCAUCCGAGCAAAUAAUCAAUAUGAACAAGUCAGGCCUCUCCUUCGGAAGUCAAGUGCCGAUACAAACGAGAGUAGACAUAGAAGAUAUUUUAGGAAUGAAAACAUGGGACAUGGCAGGAAAGUACUUGGGGCUACCAGCCAUAUGGGGAAGAUCUCACAACAAAGCUCUAGCAUGGAUUGAAGAGAAGAUCAUGAAUAAACUAGAAGGUUGGAAAGAAAGGUUGUUGAAUCAAGCAGGCAAAGAAACUCUAAUAAAGUCGUGGGCAGCAUCGGGGAAGGAACGGGACAUUCAUUGGAAGAAGUGGGAUAGCAUCACUGAGAGCAAGAGUGAAGGGGGAUUGGGGUUUAAAGACCUGGUAAAACAAAAUACUGCCUACCUGGCAAAACAAGCAUGGAGAGCUUUCAAAAAUCCAAAUGCAAUCUGGGUACAAAUUUUGAAAUCGUUGUAUUUCCCGGACGGCAACUUCUGGACAGCAACGGGUAAAAAAGGCGCCUCAUGGGUCUGGAGAAGCAUCUUACAUGGAAGAGAGCUAUUAAGGAAAUGCGCAAAGUGGAGCAUAGGAGAUGGCUCCAAAGUGAGCAUCUGGAAAGACAAUUGGAUCGCAGGUAGGAGCAGCCCUCUUAACACAAACAGCACAGAUGACUCGAAGGUUAACGAUCUCAUUGUAAAUGGGGAAGGGUGGAAUAAAAGGAAGAUCGAGAGCAAAUUCUCCCAAGAAAUUUGCAAGGAGAUACUUAGCACCCCUGUUAGUGUAAUGAACAAAGAAGAUCAUCUGUAUUGGCCAUGGAGGGAAGAUGGGAAUUACUCAAUAAGAACCGGAUACUAUGUUGCAAGAAGAGUUGGGCAGAACAGCAAAUAUGAAAAUCUAUCAACAAGUGAAGAUAAAAGGGAGAUAUGGAAGGAGAAGUUGAGAGCAGGUGGGGGAGAGGACAAGGAGAAGAGGAUCAGCAAGCUAGGAUUUCUCAUGUGGGAAAUAUGGAAAACAAGAAAUAACAAGCUGUUUCAACAGCAGGAUGUAAAUCCUAAAUGGACAAUCUGUAGGGUUAAAGCACUAGAGGCAAUUUACUGGAAACUAACAGAAAAACAACACACACAGAAAACAGAAGGCAAUAGAAGUAAAACUAACCUGGUGAAAUGGAGACCUCCCCUUGAAAACUGGUUGAAGGCGAACGUUGACGCAACAUUCAGGAAGGAUACUGGAACUGGUGCAAUUGUCGUGGUUAUCAGAGAUCACAAAGGAAGAAUUAUAUUAGGUUUUUCAGGAAAAAUCCAAGCCACAUCAAGUACUGUGGCAGAAGCUCAGGCAGUAAGGCAAGCAUUAAUCAUAGUGAAUAAUUUACAAAUGGGCAGAACCUUAAUAGAAACUGACAACCUAAAGCUAGCUCAAGCUAUCAAAUCUAAAACAGCUUUAGGAGAGGCUAUGGCCAUAAUCCAAGACAUUCAAAUUUUAAUGGCGAAUUUACCUGAAAAGGGAAUGACUUGGACCCCCAGAAAUGGAAAUCGUCUAGCCCAUGCAGUGGCGAAAGCAGCAGAAGCAGAGACACUACAAGCAAGCUGGAGCACUAAACCACCUACAGAAAUAUAG